GUGUUGUGCAGACCUCGCACACGAAACGGAACAAACGGAAACACAAGCAGCUAUUCUUUCUUUUCUGCUGAAGAGAUAGAGAGAGCGGAAAGAUGGCAUACCACCAGCAGCAACAGCCCUUCUACAAUCCCAGAGUUCCUUUCACUGGGUCUAUCCAAGGAGGCUUGCAGGAGGGCAAGAGUGUUAUCAUAAGUGGACGGGUUUUGCCAGGAGCCAACAGGUUCCAUGUGAAUCUCCAGUGUGGUUCCAGUCAUGCAGCCGAUAUUGCCUUGCACUUUAACCCCCGCUAUGAUAGUGGGCCUGGGUAUAUAGUGACGAACACCUACCAGUAUUCUCACUGGGGCACAGAGGAACGUAAAUAUCAGGCUCUGUUCCCCGCGGGUAGCCCUUUCACCCUGCAGAUACUGGUCAGCCAGGCCUCAUACAAGAUAAGUGUCAAUGGGAGCCAUAUCAUGGAGUAUAAUCAUCGUAUCCCAUUCCACAUGGUGGACACAAUCGUGGUGGAUGGAAUGGUGGAGGUUAAUUCCAUCGCUUUCCAAAACCCUGCGCCCUACUUCUCUCAGCCAUCUUAUCCAGGUGUUAUGCCUGCCGGGCCAGCAUUCCAGGCACAGUAUGCUUAUCCUGUGGGAAGUGCUGCACCUGGAUUUCCCCCUGCAACUGUCUAUAGUGUUCCUUACAAAAGUAUCAUCAACAGUGGAUUAUGGCCUGGCAAAAACAUUUCCAUCCAAGGAGUGGUUAACUCUCAGGCUCACAGGUUCAGUUUUAACCUGCGUCACAAAGGUGGCAUUGCCUUACACUAUAACCCUCGCUUUGAUGAGAAUCUUGUAGUGCGUAACACCCUAACGGGUGAUGUGUGGGGCCCAGAGGAGCGCCACGGAGGCAUGCCGUUUACCAAGGGACAAACCUUUCAGGUGGUCAUCUCUUGCAAUCCCCACCAUUACAAUGUGUUUGUCAAUGGCACGCAAGUGCAUACAUACAACCACCGCUUCAACAAGCUGAACGAGAUUGAUAUUCUGGAAAUUUCUGGUGACCUGAGCUUGACCUCUGUAGUGGCUUAGUUAUUUUUUUUUUGUGUGUGGAACUUCCUGUACAACCUUUUCAGGUCCCAGUUCAUCACAUUUUACAUGUAAGCCAUGCAUUUAGUAUAGCCUUAUUGUUUGACAAUGUUGCCUAGCGUAGAUGGCUGUACAAGCAAUCUGUUAUCUGACAUUUGUCUUUGAGCCUGGCCUUUGAUUUGAUUUCAUUCCUUUUCUCAUGCUUACAUUUAAUCUUCCUUAUAUUCAAAUGUAAUCAUUAAAAUAAUAUUGUUUGUAUUCUAAUUACUUCAUUUGACUUUUUUUAACUGCAAUAUGUUAGAAUGCUACCAAAUAAGGUUGAUUUUUAUAUCAUACAUAUCAAUGUUCUGUAUUGACGUUAUGUAGUCCUAUAAAUUGUAUUAUGCCACGGACAGUAGAACAGCUGUAUUCAGUUGCAAUGUGUUUUAGGCCUCUGUUCAUUAUAGUAUUUACCAUGGCCUUGUUGAUUUGCUUUUGGGCGAAACCUCUGUAACAUUAUUUUAUCAGCUUAAAUUCGAUGACCCCUUGAAGGGCAGAAGGACUGAACACUGUGUAAACCUCAGAAGUAAAUAUAACAAUAUAACAUUUGAUUUGCUACAUUCAAAUUGGGUUCAGCCUUACUCUGCGAACUUUUUAAACUUUAUCUAAAAAUGCUCUUGUGUACUUUCUUCACAUUAUUUUGAAGAAACUUUUGCAGAUUGCCUCAACAGGGUACAUCAUACUUUUCUUACUGAAAAAUCUGCUUCCUACUAGCCUUUACCCUCCUUACUUGCCCAGGAGAAGCUGAUGAGUCAAUUUCGAUAACUGUAAUGAAAUGGGGCCUAUAAUUGUUCUGCUCUUCUGCUAUAUCUGCAUUCGCCUGAAGGGGGAGUAUAUAUCUAUUCAAAAAGGGAACAAUGGAAACAUCUCCUGUCUUCUUUGUUAGUCUACUUUAUUCCACUGCUGCGAAACUCUGUAGAUUAGGUAAAUAAGGGAGUGCUCUUAACUACAUAACCUACUAAAUUUCACAGCAGUUACUGAAUGGUAAGUUUUAAGAUUAAUAACUGAAUAAAAUCCCCAGAGCGAUUGGGAUUAAGUACAAUAAAAUCAACAUCUGUAUGUCUUCUGUUGUUAUAUUAAAAUAAUAUUUUUAAUUCUA